UCCCUCCGCCCUAUAUAAGGCGCCGACGGCCGCGGCGGGGCUCCCGACUCCGCAGUGUGUGAGGGGGCGAGGCUGGGCGGGCAGUGCAGCUACCUGAGCGGCCUCUCCCCCGCGUCUCGCCAGGGCCUACGCCACCGAGCGGAGCCUCCUGCCGCUUUCUCCUCAGCCCCUAGCCAGGCCGCGCGGCCGGCCCCGGCGGAGCCAUGAGCUCGGGCACCCCCUACAUCGGGAGCAAGAUCAGCCUCAUCUCCAAGGCGCAGAUCCGCUACGAGGGCAUCCUCUACACCAUCGACACCGAGAACUCCACCGUGGCGCUGGCCAAAGUGCGGUCAUUUGGUACUGAAGACCGUCCCACAGACAGACCUGCUCCUCCAAGAGAAGAGAUUUAUGAAUACAUAAUUUUCCGGGGAAGUGACAUCAAAGACAUUACUGUAUGUGAACCUCCUAAAGCUCAACAUACUCUGCCUCAGGAUCCUGCCAUUGUCCAGUCUUCACUGGGCUCUGCCUCUACAUCAUCCUUCCAGCCACAUGUGCCUUAUAGUCCAUUUAGAGGCAUGCAACCCUACAGCCAGCUUGCUGCCAGCUCUUUACUUAGCCAGCAAUAUGCAGCUUCAUUAGGUUUAGAGAAAUUGGUAAGCCCUCCAACAUCAGCAGCUGCUUCCAGCCCUAGCUCUUCUCCGUCUCCACAACCUGUUUCAGAGCCUGACAUGUCUUCCGAGCCACAUCAGCUCUCUUCCAAGGGUGCUGGCUUCCCAUUGGUUCACCAAGUACGCAAAAGCCCCAUGGUGGAGCAGGCUGUUCAAACCGGUCCAGUUGAUAACAUGAAUCAAAAAAAGCCACCCCCAGCAAAAGUAGUUUCUGGGAUCCAACGCAAUGGUCGGCAGAUUCCGCAGAGUAGUAAGACAAAUGAUACAGUUCAGCCACCACCUGUGCAAACUCAGGGCCAGGUGAAUGAUGAAAACAGAAGACCUCAAAGGAGAAGAUCGGGAAACAGGAGAACCAGAAAUCGUUCUAGAGGACAAAAUAGACCAGCCACUGUGAAGGAAAACACAAUAAAGUUUGAAGGUGACUUUGAUUUUGAAAGUGCAAAUGCACAGUUCAACCGAGAGGAACUUGAUAAAGAAUUCAAGAAGAAACUGAACUUUAAAGAUGACAAAGCUGAGGCAGGGGAAGAAAAGAAGAGUGAUCCUGGAGUAGCAACUCAGAAUGAUGGCAAUGCAGAUGAAGACCUCCUUGGACCCAAUUGCUAUUAUGAUAAAUCAAAGUCUUUCUUUGACAACAUCUCUUCAGAACUAAAAUCCAGUUCCAGGCGUACAACAUGGGCUGAAGAAAGAAAGCUCAAUACAGAGACAUUUGGCGUGUCUGGCAGGUUUCUUCGUGGACGUAGCUUUCGUGGUGGGUUUCGAGGUGGAAGGGGUAGUGGAGCAGCACGGCGAAACCAAACAACUCACAGAGCUGGUACUGGAAGAGUGUAAUGGAGGCUCUAAAUUCCUCUGCCAUGAAGCUUCAUAUUUCCAUCCCUUCAUUUUGGAUGGCCACUUCUCUUGCUUCAGUGGCAAUGAAGACUUCAGCGCUUGUUAUCCUUGAAGAGUCGGUUUGACUACUGUUCAUCUUUGAUGGAGCAUCUCACAGCCGAGCAUCAUGCAUCUGAAACCAUUAGAAGCAGCAGCUGAACUAACUUAUUUUCUGUACUAAUAAGAGGGCCAGCUGGCUGGAUCAAAUAUCCCUGUUUUAACACAGAAUCUAAUGGCUUUCUCCUUUGCAUUUCCCUGUGAGCUUAAACUUGAUAAGUGAUCAGCUAUCUUCAUGCAAAUACCCUGAAGUGGGAGGCUCAUGCCAGAUAAAAUCUCUUUGAGAAGAAUGAAGAAAUUGUUCCGUAAGCCUUGUGUAAGGGGAAGAAGUAUCUAAUGGUCCCUGGACUUAGCAAUGAAUGUCCUGGACUGGCUUAUGAUAAACUUAUUUCUUAGCACUAAAUGCCAUAGUCUCGAGGGAAUCCGUGUCAGUCCUAUUCUAAUUUAAAUCUUUCACCUUGGGGUUAGACUAGUGUCUUGACUAUUUGACACAUCUGCUACUGUUGUGUAAUACAGCAUAUGGAUUAUUUUACUUACUAGGCAGUUACUCUACACACUUAAAACAAAACCCUGUUGUGGGGCACAUGCAAAUGCAUAACUUUUAAUUGUCAUGCAGCUGGCUAUAGCUUUCUUGCAUUUUUAUUAGAAAGUGGGCUAGAUGACUUCAGCAUUACAGCUCUAGAACUAAAACUAUUUUAAAGGAGGGGAGGGCUGAUCUUUUUCUAAGAUUACUGAAUUCUACUAACUGCACCUGCCUUCCUUAAGGAGCUGAAAGUACUAAUUUUAUUAGAUGUUUCAUCCAUCAGUAAAAGUGCUGGUUUUGGACAGUUUCUGCUUCUAUCUGUUGUGUGUCUACCUUCUCCAGUCAGGCCAGCUAUCAUUAAGCAACACCAUGCUAAUAACUCCACUAGCUAAUACCUUCCUUCAUAUCAUUUAAGGCACAGUCCUAGCACCAGCUUCCCCUCUUCCACAGCUAACCUAUACAGAACAUAAUGUACCUAUUUCAGGAGCAUUGCUUCACUUGCUGUCCUUACCCCCUUAACUGUGAGUAGUUAAACUAAUGAUAGUCCUGCAGCAGUGUAUAUAUUAAAACCAAGCUUUUUUUUUCAAUUUAAGAAAAAAAAAAAAAAAAAAGCUGAAGAGGGCUGAAACUCUUCUAAGCUGCAGGAGGAUUAGAGACAUGCCCAAAGCAUGAGCUAGCGCCUCUAUUCCUUAUCAGUUGUACAUGGGGACACAUUUUGGGGAUUAUCUAGACUGGUGCUACCUGCCUAGUAACUUUAUGUGCCUUAACGCCAUGUUCCUAUGGCUCUGAGUCCUGACCGCAGCAGCCAGUCCACAAGCAUUAAGGUCUGACCCUGACUUUCAGCAGCCUAGUUAUUCCUUGCAGAGUGACCAAUAGCCCUUCUGGUCCCAAGUCUCCUCAAUCCUUAACUACCAGGCAGUCAGACUUUUCCUCUGGCUCAUCACCCUCAAAGCUGUGAAAACAACCCCUGGCUACCAGUUCACUUUGGUGGACACACUCAAUGCAGUCUACACCAGAGCUCUGCUUGGGGUAAAAAUAAACUAAGUUUAUUUAAUAGAAAAAUCACAGAUUCAAAAAUGAAAUAGUAAGGAAAAGUGCAAACAUGCAACUUGCACCAAAAAUAAACUGUAAUGGCCCAUCAUUUGUUUUCUCCUGUGUAGUUCCAUGCAUUGUUACUUGUCCAGAUUUGCAUAAACACCUGGGAUGAGAAGAGCACCUCCCUGCUGCAAGAUGUAUUUGAAAUUGUAAUACAAGUCAUGAACAUAGUAUUCUAUACACAAAUUCAUAGCUAUACUCAUACAUAUCUCAUUAGACUAUCAAGUUCAGAACAUUACAAGGUUUCAGAAAAAAACUAAUGGCGUAUUUAUAUACAUGCUACCAUUCUAAAGAACCAGUUGGGGUUCAGACCUGCUGUUCUCCCUUGGGUUGUCUAGACCCUGAUUGUCAAACCUGUGUGAAGUACAAAUUUUCAACAUUAAAGAAAGGUAAUGAGUUAGUAAGUGAGAGAAGUAAGGACCAUAUGUUCUGAAAGUCUAAAUUCUUGCUGAUCAUGGGAGUUUCUGAUAACUUAUACCAACUUCAGUCUCUGAGAUGACCAGGAUGUCUACCUUGGCAGUUGAUGUUACUUAGGUCUAACUAUAGCCUGAAAAAAACAUGGAGGAUUUAAAGCCUAAUUUGACAUGUAUUAUCCUAGUAUAAAAGCUUGAGGUGUUGAAGUAUCCACCUGAGAAAAUAAAACUUACGCUAUUAGAAGUCUUGCAAAACCCCUCCUCUCAGGGUGGUCCCAAGUCAUAUGUACCAUAAUGACCUUUGCUUACAUCUGUUGGAAGAAAGGGUGCCCAAUGCCUCCUAAGGGGAUGCCUUCUGUUGAGUCAAUUAAUUAGGUCAGCCAAUAGCUUUUAAUGUCCUGACCCAUAUCUCAGUAACUGUACGGUGCAGUCGCAUAGUGAGAAAUGAAUCUGUAUAAAUGGUUUGGAAUUCCACACUUUCUGACUGCAGUGCCUGACUUGUUCAGUUUUCCUAACACAGGGUCCAGCAACUUGUCACCAUCUGAAAAUCAAGCAGUCUUCUAGCUCUUACAUGGUGCAAGUAAGAGAUUCUGCUAUGAGACCUUAGUUAAAAAUUCUCUCCCAAAACUGUAGGGCUCAGCUAUGCUGGCUUUCUAGAAAGAGCCUUUCUCCCUACCCUCCUUCCACAAACCAUACCGUGCAACCUUGCUCGUUGCUACUCUUUGCCAUAUGCUACAAGUAGCUGACUCAACUAGUUGCAGUUGGGUCUGGCUUUUUCUGUUGCAGGCCCCUUUGGUUGCUGUGUGGGACUUUCAGUCCUUCACUAGACAGGCAUUGCAUCUCACAUGCCAGGCUCAAGGCAGAGAUCAGGAGAAGAGGGCAUACUGGUUUAGGGGACCAAGUGUCCCAGUUUCCUUUCUAGCUUUUCCUUGCCUUGAUGGUCCUUAACUUCACAUGCAAGGAACCUACUUGAAGAUCAGGCCUGUUUCUCUAGCAGUGACCCUAAAACAGACAGAAGGAUUUCCUACUCACUUGUAGGGUCUCCUUUAGGCAGAUUAGGGGUAUUUCUCUCAUUCCUACCCUACAUCUGUGGUCUGUUGGAUAGUAGGGCAGUGGGGACUCAGGGGGCUUGGGUUUUAUUCUCAGUUCUACCACGGGUCUGAUGUGUGACCUUGCACAAGUCACUUGCCCGCUCG